AUGGAAGAGAUACCAGUAAAAGUUGCUGUAAGAAUUAGACCUCUGCUCUGCAAAGAAGUGCUUCAUAAUCAUCAAGUGUGUGUGAGAGAUAUUCCGAACACCCAGCAAAUUAUCAUUGGGAGAGAUAGAGUCUUUACUUUUGAUUAUGUUUUUGGCAAAAGUUCCACUCAGGAUGAAGUUUAUAACACAUGUAUAAAGCCAUUAGUGUUGUCACUCAUUGAGGGCUAUAAUGCCACAGUUUUUGCCUAUGGACAAACUGGAUCUGGGAAGACAUACACCAUUGGAGGAGGCCAUGUGGCUUCAGUUGUAGAAGGUCAAAAAGGUAUCAUUCCUCGAGCUAUAGAAGAAAUAUUUGAAAACAUCUCUGAAAGUCCUAACAUUGACUUUAAUAUAAAAGUAUCUUACAUAGAAGUGUACAAGGAAGAACUAAGAGAUCUGCUAGAACUGGAGACAUCCAUGAAGGAUCUUCACAUCCGAGAAGAUGAAAAAGGAAAUACAGUGAUUGUAGGUGCCAAGGAAUGCGAGGUGGACAGCGCGGAGGAGGUGGCCAGCCUGCUGCAGGCUGGCAGUGCAGCCCGGCAUACAGGCAGCACACAGCUCAACGAGCACUCAAGCCGAUCCCACACCAUCUUUACCAUCAGCCUGGGCCAGGUGGACAGAAUCCUGGAGGCUGCUCCCGACCGAGCCUGGCAGUCCCCUCGGCACAUUGUGUCCAAGUUCCACUUUGUGGAUUUGGCUGGAUCAGAAAGGGUAACAAAAACAGGGAAUACAGGUGAGCGGUUCAAAGAAUCCAUUCAGAUCAACAGUGGCCUGCUGGCUCUGGGGAAUGUGAUAAGCGCACUUGGGGACCCUCGCCGGAAAAGCUCACACAUUCCAUAUCGGGAUGCAAAAAUAACCCGACUUCUCAAAGAUUCCCUAGGAGGCAGUGCCAAGACUCUCAUGAUCACAUGUGUCAGCCCGUCUUCCUCUGAUUUUGACGAAUCCUUAAACUCUCUCAAAUAUGCCAACAGAGCCCGUAACAUUAGGAACAAACCCAUUGUGAACUUCAGCCCUGAAUCAGACCGUAUGAGUGAAAUGGAAUUUGAGAUUAAGAUGCUUCGAGAAGCUUUGCAAAGUCAGCAGGCUAAUGCCAGCCAGACCCAUUUAGAGGGACUUUCUGAUCGAGGUAGGGUCCAUUCUCUUGAGGAGCUAGUUGCCCAGCUACAAGGAGAAUGUCUGGGUUACCAGAACUGUAUAGAAGAAGCCUUUACCUUCCUGAUGGACUUGAAAGAUCAACUUAGACUAAACCAAAAGCAGCAGCACAAACUUCAGGAGUGGUUAAACAUGACCCAAGAGAUGAGGAAGGCGGCAUCCAUCUCAUUCAAACACGAAGGCCCUGCAAACCGAGAAGGGCCACAGCACGCUACAGUUUUCCAGCUGAAGAGAGAGCUGAAGAAAUGCCAGUGUGCUCUUGCUACUGAUGAGGUAGUAUUUAAUCAGAAGGAACUGGAAAUGAAGGAGCUAAGGAGUCAAGUGGAAAUGAUGGUACAAGAGAAUAAAGUACAUGUCUUAUCUUUGAAAGAAGCACAGAAAGUUAAUAGAUUGCAGAAUGAAAAAAUAAUAGAACAACAACUUCUUGUGGAUCAGCUGAGUGAAGAACUAACAAAACUUAACCUGUCAAUGACUUCUUCAGUGAAAGAAACUUGUGGAGAUGGGCCAGACAUCAGGAUACCUGAAAGGAGACCACUUUCUGUACCAUUUGAGAACCGUUUGGGGCAUUAUAUUUAUAUCCCCACAAGACCAGAUUCCAGGAAGGUCUAUACAAGUCCUCCUAUGUACUCUCUGGAUCGAAUAGUUGCUGGAUUUCGAACAAGAAGUCAGAUGCUGCUGGGUCACUUGGAGGAACAGGAUGAAGUGCUCCAUUGCCGAUUUUCUGAUAAUAGUGACGAUGAAGAAUCAGAGAGUCAGGAGAAACCUGGCAUUAGAAGAAGUCACCCAUGGACUCAAGAGCCUAGACCUGUUAGUUCUCUUGUUGAAUUGGAUGAUAUUCAGGAUCAAACACAUAUGUCAUCUUUGGAAAACAAAGAUGUGAAGAUUGAAUCUCUCAAGGAAAGUCAAGAGUUAAAUUUACAAAAACUAAGGAAGUCUGAACUCUUACUUAACGAAGCAAAACAAAAAAUGAGAGAACUUACAAUUAAUAUCAAGAUGAAAGAAGAUCUGAUUAAAGAAUUAAUAAAAACAGGUAAUGAUGCCAAGUCUAUAAGCAAACAGUAUUCUCUGAAAGUAACAAAACUAGAACGUGAAGCAGAACAGGCAAAAGUGGAAUUAACUGAAACCCAGAAGAAGCUGCAGGAACUGGAAAGCAGAGAUCUUUCUGAUGUUGCUUUGAAAGUGAAAUUACAGAAGGAGUUCCGCAAAAAGAUGGAUGCAGCAAAACUCAAAGUCCAGGUUUUGCAGAAGAAGCAACAAGACAGUAAGAAAUUGGCAUCACUGUCGAUCCAAAAUGAGAAGUAUGCCAAUGAGCUGGAGCAGAAUGUAGACCACAUGAAAUCUCAAAAGGCACAGCUGCAGAGAAGAGUAGGCGAAGAAAAUGAAAAAAGGAAGCAACUGGAUGCAGAAAUUAAGCAGGAUCAACAGAAAAUCAAAGAACUACAGUCAAAAACAGCACACCAAGAAGUUCUGAAACUGGAAGCUGAGGACUUUGGUGAAUAUAGUAUGAGGAGAAAAGGAUUGUUUGGAAGUACAGAUCAGCUUCAGAAAUUGGAUGAGAAAAAGAAAUGGUUAGAUGAAGAAGUCGAGAAAGUUCUAAACCAGCGCCAAAAAUUAGAGGCGCUAAAGGAAGACCUGCAGAAACGGGAGGCCAUAGUUUCCAAGAAGGAGACCCUGUUACAGGAGAAGAGCCACCUGGAAGAAAAGAAGCUGCGCUCUAGUCAGGCCUUAAGCAAAGAUAGUUUGAUAAUAUCAACUCGCUUAAAUUUGUUGGACCAAGAGUUGUCUGAGAAAAGUGUGAAACUCCAGAGCAGUACAGCUGAGGAGAAAAUGGAGAUUUCUGAGCAAGUUCAAGGCCUCCAGAAGGAAAAAGAUGAGUUACAGAGACAAAGAAACAAUGUGGAUACGAAACUUAAAAAUGGUAGAGUGUUGUCACCUGAAGAAGAACAUGUUCUUUUCCAGCUGGAAGAAGGAAUUGAAGCUUUGGAAGCUGCGAUUGACUACAAGAACGAAAGUAUCAAGAGUCGUCAGAACUCACUCAGAGCUUCAUUUGAAAACUUCUCUCAUAGUGAAGCAAAUGUCUUGGAAGAACUAGUUUGCCUGAAUCCUGCUGAGAUUCGAGCUGUUCUUUUCAGAUAUUUCAAUAAGGUGGUUAGUUUGCGGGAAGUUGAACGAAAACUACAGUUACAGAACAAAGAAAUGAAAAUUAAAGUUGUGGAACAGGAUAAUGUGGUUCGUGAGCUGGAGUCUACACUGGAGCAUCUCAGACUGCAGUGUGACCGGAGGCUGACCCUCCAGCAGAGGGAGCACGAGCAGAAGAUGCAGCUGCUGCUCCAUCAUUUUAAAGAGCCAGAUGGAGAAGGAAUUGUGGAAACUUUAAAGAGCUAUGAAGACAGAGUCCAGCAGCUAGAAAAAGAUCUUUAUUUCUAUAAGAAAACCAGCAGGGAUCUUAAGAAGAAACUGAAGGACCUGAUAGGGGAGGCCGUUCGGCAGCAGCUGGAACCCUCAGAACAACAUGAUGCUGGAGAUGGAGUUCUGAACCCAGAAGAGAUAGGCAUGCCUUUAGAAUUAAAAUGGGCAUCUGGAUCAGAAAAUAUGAAAUUAAGUGAAAGAGAAAGAGAAAUAGACAAUUCAACAAACCAUUUAAAGAUACAUCCUCAGAAGCUUUGGGAAGAGGGAGCUGAAUUGCCUCCAAUUUAUAGCUCUGUAGCACCAACUAGUGGACAUUUGCUAAGCAAUGAAGAGAAAACAGAAAUGGAUGUGAAUUUGUUUAUAAAAUCCCACAGUCACCUACCACCUCAAACUGAGCCGAUGGGAAAUGUGAGACCACUUCAUGGAGUCACCCCUGUAAAGCUGUGUCGCAAAGAGUUACGUCAGAUUUCUGCCUUGGAACUCUCCUUACGACGCUCCAAUCUUGGAGCAGGGGUUCGAUCAAUGACUGCUGACUCCCUUGAGAUAUCAAAGAAACCGAGUGACUUGAAAACCUAA